CCUUCCUUGACAUUAUGGCCUGCAUUUUGGACUGUCACGUAGCGUUUUAAUGUCCCUGCUUAGGACUUGAACAUAUAUAGUAUUCGCACCAACAAAUUUGGUACUCCCUCAUUUGAUAGAUUUGGAAAGAAAAUACGAGUUGCUAACUUACUCGGUUCCACAAGACAUUACAGCUCAGUGGUGGGCGCGAGGGUGAGGCAGUACCAGUCGGGAGAGGCCGUGAGGACGACAUUAGGGAAGGGAGUGGGAGGUCUUCCACCGACUCAUCCUAAACCGCAAGCAGUGUACUGUGGACAACAUUGUACUGAAACUCCAACCCGAGGUUCCUAGACGCUAUCUGGCUGCUAAGUGCAGCCCGCUCGGGAUAAGGCCAGACGUUGGAAUUGCGCUUUUGCGACACCGGUAUGGUUUAUGAUGUGGUAGUAUGUGAGCGAGACACAUUCACAUGCUCUCCAAAAAUGGACACAAUAGGAAAUCAUUCUUAUAUUGUGCAUCUUAGCUAGUUAGCCACCAAGUCAGCUAAUGCACAGUUUUGGGGCAGAUUACUGAUAGCAGCAACUGCCCAUAUUAGUGUCAAGGUAUGUUUACUGUCUGUGUAGGAUUUGGCAUAAGAAGGCUCCUUUUCAAGAGCGAGCAUGGAGGGGCGUUGUGGAUUUAGCCAACUUUGCUAGCUAGCUAACUCAGUCCAAGACAUCUAUUUUUAACCAGAUUGGUGGUUGUUUUAACUAGUUGCAUGUUUGUCAAUUGUAAAGCAUACAUGUUAACAUUUUAACAGAGAGGUUGACUUGUUAGUUUACAGAGGAGUGCUUUCAAGGUUUGCUUGAUUAAUGUUGUCAAAGGAUAUAACAAUCCAGCUAGCCAGCUAAGUAGCCCGGGUCAAGCUCGUGCACCCUAAUGAAGGAGUACAAAGUGGUUGUGUUGGGAAGCGGCGGCGUUGGCAAGUCCGCGCUGACUGUCCAGUUUGUCACGGGCACGUUCAUCGAGAAAUAUGACCCUACAAUUGAGGACUUCUAUCGGAAAGAGAUUGAAGUGGACUCGUCGCCUUCGGUGUUGGAGAUCCUUGACACGGCAGGGACAGAACAGUUCGCCUCCAUGAGAGACCUGUACAUCAAGAACGGCCAGGGUUUCAUACUUGUCUACAGUCUCGUCAACCAACAGUCAUUUCAGGACAUUAGGCCGAUGCGAGACCAGAUAGUGCGGGUGAAGCGCUUUGAGAAGGUGCCACUGAUCCUGGUGGGCAACAAGGUGGACCUGGAGUCUGAGAGGGAGGUUGCGGGUGCAGACGGCCGUGCCCUGGCUCAGGAGUGGGGCUGCCCCUUCAUCGAGACCUCGGCCAAGAGCAAGACCAUGGUGGACGAGCUGUUUGCUGAGAUCGUCCGUCAGAUGAACUAUGCCACGCUGCCAGAGAAACAGGAGCAGUGCUGCACGGCCUGUGUGGUGCAGUAAGGGAGUAGGGGACACUGUCCUCUCCACAACUCUCCCCCAGUUCCUGUUUUGAUGACCUAUGACCCCAGGAACCACUUCAGCUCCAUCACAGCUUCUGACCUCUCCAGCUGGCAGUGUUACCUACCAGAGGGCAGAUUCUUGUCGGUUCAUAAACCAAUUCAAGGGAGUCUUGAGCCUGCCCAACCUUUGAUAUCUUGACUGUGGAACACAUUCACCUGCAGACUCACUGGCCUUCAUGGUGAAGGCCCAGGGAAUAACUACUUUUCAGUGUGUAUAGGACAGAUUUACAGGAAUGAGGAUGAAGGGUUGUCUAUGGAUUUCUAUUUUCUCAUUUGGGGUUGGGGAGUGCUAGAGCAAUGGGCAAAUAAUCUGCUCGGGACCACAGCGUCCCUUUUGAAGCUGCUCAGUCAUUAUAUCACCAAGUUUUACUUUGUACUUUUAUCGGUUUAUUAAAUCUGGUAUAUCAUUUUGAAGUGAUAACAAUAAUGCAGGUUUGGGCCUCGGGCCAGAAUUCAAUCAAAACAUGGUAAUUAUAUGAUUGCUGUGCUCUACAGCAGUGUUUACCAAAAUACCUGAUUCAAGUCAUUAGCUAGGUUUCCAUCCAAUGGCGACAGAUUUUCAGAAUAAUAUUGUAAAAUAUGCAUAAAGGAAAUAUGUGCAUUUCCCCACCAGUGGUGUUUCCAUCAAAUGGACUUGUUGCAGAUAAAAAUCAGUUUGUGAUGACCGUUUUCAUGUACCGAAUAAAAAUCUAAAGUUCAAUGUGUUAGUUUUGUCACACACUAUUGUGUUAAAUAGAAGAUGUGCCAACUCUGGUCUUGGCACGUGUGCUCUAGCCAACCGCCUGCAGAGAUAGUUCCGGUAGGCUAGUCUACAUGAUGAGAUUAUUAUGGAUAAGAACAAAAAUAUUUGUAUAUGUCAAGCAUCGAUCAUCAUGUCACCAGAAUCAGACCCUUGAUAGUUAUUGGAAAGGAACAUCAAGAUCACCGUGCACUUUCACCCCCCGUGACCUUCAUACAUUAUUUAAUCUGUCACCUAAUAAACUGCGUGGUAGUUGGAGGACCACAUCAUCGCGUGACUCAAGUUUACUUCGAUAUUAUGGUUAUAUCAAUAUUUGCGCAUAAAGGAAUUCCACCGCCACUUCUCGCAUAAUACA